AUUUAAGGAGCUGUUCACCAGCAGCCCAGGCAGCACCCCCCUCCACACAUACACCCGUCCAGAGCCACCUUAAAAGCAGGAGGCAGUUGUAAAGUCGCUGGCCAGCUAGUGGAGUGGAGACUGCAGAGGGAGAUAAAGAGAGAGGGCAGAGAAAGAGGCAGCAAGAGAUUUGUCCUGGGGAUCCAGAAACCCAUGGUACCCUACUGAACACCAAAUCCCCUGGAAGCCCACAGAGACAGAAACAGCAAGAGAAGCAGAGAUAAAUACACUCACGCCAGGAGCGCGCUCUCUCUCUCUCUCUCUCUCUCUCCCCCCCCCUUCCCUCCCUCUGUCUCUCUGCCUGUCCUAGUCCUCCAGUCCUCAAAUUCCCAGUUCCCUGCACCCCUUCCUGGGACACUAUGUUGUUCUCCGCCCUCCUGCUGGAGGUGAUUUGGAUCCUGGCUGCAGAUGGGGGUCAACACUGGACAUAUGAGGGCCCACAUGGUCAGGACCACUGGCCAGCCUCUUACCCUGAGUGUGGAAACAAUGCCCAGUCGCCCAUCGAUAUUCAGACAGACAGUGUGACAUUUGACCCUGACUUGCCUGCUCUGCAGCCCCACGGAUAUGACCAGCCUGGCACCGAGCCUUUGGACCUGCAUAACAAUGGCCACACAGUGCAACUCUCUCUGCCCUCUACCCUGUAUCUGGGUGGACUUCCCCGAAAAUACGUAGCUGCCCAGCUCCACCUGCACUGGGGUCAGAAAGGAUCCCCAGGGGGGUCAGAACACCAGAUCAACAGUGAAGCCACAGUUGCAGAGCUCCACAUUGUACAUUAUGACUCUGAUUCCUAUGACAGCUUGAGUGAGGCUGCUCAGAGGCCUCAGGGCCUGGCUGUCCUGGGCAUUCUAAUUGAGGUGGGUGAGACUAAGAAUAUAGCUUAUGAACACAUUCUGAGUCACUUGCAUGAAAUCAGUCAUAAAGAUCAGAAGACCUCGGUGCCUCCCUUCAACCUAAGAGAGCUGCUCCCCCCACAGCUGGAGCAGUACUUCCGCUACAAUGGCUCGCUCACAACUCCCCCUUGCUACCAGAGUGUGCUCUGGACAGUCUUCUAUAGAAGGUCCCAAAUUUCAAUGGAACAGCUGGAAAAGCUUCAGGGGACACUGUUCUCCACGGAAGAGGAGCCCUCUAAGCUUCUGGUACAGAACUACCGAGCCCCUCAGCCUCUCAAUCAGCGCAUGGUCUUUGCUUCUUUCAGCCAAGCGGGAUCCUUGUACACCACAGGUGAAAUGCUGAGUCUAGGUGUAGGAAUCUUGGUUGGCUGUCUCUGCCUUCUCCUGGCUGUUUAUUUCAUUGCUAGAAAGAUUCGGAAGAAGAGGCUGGAAAACCGAAAGACUGUGGUCUUCACCUCAGCACGAGCCACGACUGAGGCAUAAAUUCCCUCUCAGAUACCGUGGAUGUGGAUGACUUCCCCUAAUGCCUAUCGGGAAGCCUCUAAAAUGGGGUGUACGGUCUGGCCAGAAACACUGUAGAAGUAGUAGGCAGAUGUCCUCCUUCCCCUGGACAUCUCCUACAGAGAGGAAUGGACCCAGGCUGUCAUUCGAGGAAGAACUGCAGAGCCUUCAGCCUCUCCAAACAUGUAGGAAAUGAGGAAAUCCCUGUGUUGUUAAUGCAGAGAACAAACUCUGUUUAGUUGCAGGGAUAUAUCCCAAAGUCCUCUACCCCCUUACUUUUAUGGCCCUUUCCCUAGAUAUACUGCAGGAUCUCUCCUUAGGAUAAAGAGUUGUUGUUGAAGUUGUAUAUUUUUGAUCAAUAUAUUUGGAAAUUAAAGUUUCUGACUUUAA